CGUCUUGUUGUGCGCCGGACGAAGGAAACGAGCUUGAAACACAAUCGACGCUCUCGAUUUAAUGCCUCGGUGACUUCGCAACCGCCUCCUUCUUCACCUCUCUUCCUUUUUGUCUGCAAAUUCGCCGAGAGGCUAAAAUUAGUUCUCAAAAGAAACUGAACCUUCAACAUGACCGGACACUUUUCGAUCUUACUUAUUGCUUGCGCCACUCUUGGCUCGCUCACGAGCUGUGCACCAACCACGCCGGCCACCCCUUUCGGCCAGUUCGACCUCGGCACCAGCAGCACCUUUGACUUCUUGAGCACCGUAUUGCUCGACGAGGCCAAAGACCCGACGCAGGUGGCCAACGAAGAGGCCAAGGACGUGGGCUUCCAGAUCGCGGCCACCCUCCAAGUUGCCUCCCUUUGGCACAACCCCGCCGACCACAAUGACAAACUUCUGCAAUUGCAGUUAAAAAAACCAUUUCUGCACAUCAAAUCUCGGAAGGCACCGUCACCUGACGGUUUCGUGACGCACACCUCCAACCUCGAGUCGCUGAAAAACAACCCUUUCUUGGUGCAUUGGAACAAUGGUGAAGUGAAACAUCUGUACGUGACUGAAGAUGAAACUCUUUCGCUGGUCAACUUAAAACGAGGCGUCGCCAGUCUCUUCCAAUUCCGCACGUUCGACAUGGAGGCAAAAGAAACGGACGUGUCAGGAUUUUGCGACGUCAAAUACGCGACCAACGACGGCUUGAAAAUCGAAAAAAUCAAGAGCAACUGCGUGGCUCACAAGGGAGUCGUUCCUUUCAUGCUCCACCCGGACAAAGUGUUUGGUCUUCAUGUCAAUGGAAACAGGAAAACCAAAUACGUCUUGAAAAACGACGGUUCUGCCGUUGAAAGCAUCACGUCCUCAGACUACCACGAAAUGUUUGUAAUUGUCAGACAGGAGGCGGGAGGCGCCGUUUCGGCCUCACAGGAACUCAAAUUAACUGAUAUUUCAAAUUCGGCAAAACCAAUCAAGGCAGACACACUGGACGACGCAGUCAAGCAGAUUGGAACAAAAAUUGGAGCUAAAUUGGCCAAAAAAGAAAUCCUGCUUGAACAAGAGCCACCUAAUUGCCAAGAUGAUUGUCCCACGUUUGCAAAAGUCAUCCGAGAUAAUAAGGAGAAUCUCAAAACGUCCACUUUAGGAUCGAUCAAAUCGGCCUCGUCCUUCAUCAAAGCUGUGAAAAUCGCAAGAAAUUCCAAAAAGGCUGAUUUGGUGAAAGUCUUGAACCACGCCAAAUAUAUCGAGCUACUGCCACAGCUCAUUGACAUAAUUGCUGCGGCGCAAACCGUUGAGGCGCACAAUGCUGCUGUUGAGGUGCUCGACUUUGGUUCAGACGGCGCCAUUGACCUUCCUGAACGUUACCUCUGGUCCCUUUCAUUUGGUUCCCAGCCCAUUGAGUCCGUCAUUAGAGAUUUGUUGGGUCGCACGCAGCAAAACGUUCCCAGUCAGAAGCUGAGCGAGACGUUGUCCCUGACCGUGACUGGCAUGACCAGCAAGUGGCUCAAGUUGCCCGGCAAUGCAAAGAAGGCGCUUAAGGAUGACGUGCGUAACUGGUUGCUGAAGAAAUUGCGGGCCUGCGACGAGUCGGACGAGGAGUGCAAGUUGACCAAUAUCAGGGCGCUGAAGAACCUGGCUCUGCCCGAAACCAUUCCGACCCUGAUCGACCUGGUGAAGACCGGCACCAAGAAAAUCUGUGUGGAAAGCAUGAAGGCCAUUUAUGGAAUGCCAAAAUCAGCGUGGGACAUAAAGGUAAGAGAUUUAUGUCUCAGGGUGUACCUUCAGCUAGGUCGCAGGUACGACUCGAGUGCUCGUACGCUGGCCAUCGACCUCCUGUUCGAGGCAGGAGUGUCCAAGGAGGAGUUGCAGGAAAUGAUCCGUGCGAUGAAGCACUUUAUCACCAGGGAGUGUCAGGAGGUCGGUCAGUACCUUUUGCAAAGGUUGCGCCAGGUGGCCGAAAAACAGAAGAAUCUGGUCGCGAUGUUCAAAACGGUGCUACUCGAGGAGGAACUGAACAAUUACCACGUGCUUGGCCAGCGAGGAAUGGCCACCGCCUUCACCAGGGACUUCCUCAACACCCCUAGCAGCAAUGGAAGUCUCGUUUCCACCCUCGAACUGGCGGGUGGAAUCCUGAAACGCAGCGUCCUCGACGUGGUCAUUGAAGGCGGAGAUGAGUCAACUGCGAUUUUCACGAUGGGAAUGUUCGCUGGUGGUUUGAGCAGUUUUGUUACGACGGACGACGCAGCGGCGCCUCCAGAAGAGGAGGAAAGUGCCAACGCGGGAAUGGAAUUGACAGUCAUGGGAAUCCAAGUGCGUCCUUUUGUGUUUUUCGAAGGCCAGGGCGAAUUGAUGGGACACGUUUGGUCAGGCACUGGCUCUGAGAGAACGCCCGCUUUCCAGGCUUUGAUGCUUCUCCACGACCACUUUGAACUGAUCAAUCUGCAAAACGGUCUUGUUGCUGAGUUGUCCAUGACAGGAGGCAUGUCUUUUGACCUCGCGGGUGAAGUGCAGCUCAGCUUGUGGAACAGAAAUGCCCACUCGGUUGUGGAGAAGAAUGCUGGAGUUGUUAUGCAAGGAAUAAUCACGGUCGACACCUCUUUUGUAAAGAGCAUGGUCGACUUUAAUAUUGCGAUGGAGCCAAAGUUGAAUUUGGUUUCGGACGUCAACUUCUAUAACAAAGUGGCUCUUUGCCUGCAACUUAGUCAACCAGAUUCGACAGUCAAGCACAAUAUUCACAAGGUGGAAAGAAUACCAGGCAGCAAACACAAGCUGCGCAAGUCCAAGUACAAGACGUUCCAAGUGCCAGGAAAAACCUACGCUCUCAAUCAGAAGAACAAUGAAAUGUGCAACUCUCUCUUCAGCGACGCGCAAUGACAGAAAUAAUUUUUCUAGGAAAUACAAAAUUAAGACUGCAUUUAGCAGAAAGAGUGUUGUGUGGCUGAGUUUUGUACAUUUUGUUACACACGUUGUCCUUAUUCCUGUUGCCAGUUUCCGUAGCUUUGCUUGUUAAAAUAUUUUUUUUUUAUUGUGUAAAACGCUCAAGAGUUUUUAUAAGAAGGAGGCUGUGAAAUUCAAGAAAAGAAAAGCAUCAUUCCACUGUACGUUGUGGAUUUUUUUAUUACCAUUUGCCACGCAAAAUAUUUUUUUUAUAUACAUUUAUAUUUCAAUCAACUGACUAGAUUUUUGGAUAGCGCUAUUACUUUAUAAAUGUUCCGAUUUUUUUUUUUUAAAUAAAACGUAUAAUUAUACGCUUGA